CAGGCAUUUUUCCAGAGAUGGUGGGCGAAUCAGGGUACAGCAAAACGGAAAAGCCUACUGAAACUAGUGGCAGAGGAUCGAUUUCAGUUCUUAAACGGUGGCUGGUCCAUGCACGAUGAGGCGGCUGCCCAUUUCGUUGACAUGAUAGAUCAGACAGCUUUGGGCCACUUUUUUCUCUUGAAGGAGUUCGGGAAGAGGCCACGCGUUGGAUGGCAAUUGGAUCCCUUCUUAUGGCGUACUUAUAUUCUUAUCGGUUUUUUCUAGGUAUGACGUUGCUUUUCGCUGAUGGACGAAGGGAUACUUUUACUUGUAGUUCAAAGAAUUCGACCACUACCUCAACAUCAAGUUGUUAGAAUAUUGACUCUCCACAAACCUCAUGAUCGUCCUUGUUCAUCCUCUAAUCUCCGGCCACUCGCUUGUCCACGCCUCCCUUCUCUCCGCAGAAGCUGGCUUCGACUCGCUUUUUUUCGGACGUCUAGACUACCAGGAUCUAGCACAUCGAAUCUUAACCCGAAGCGCAGAGUUCAUUUGGACAUCUGAGGAGGACAAGACGGAAACUUUCACCGGACUUACUGUUAUGGUCAGCUUUUUUCCAUCUUUCUCGGCAUUUUGGUGCCCUUUUGCCCUGUUGUAUUCAUCAGAUACAAGGCAACGAAAGGGGCCAAGAUGACGGGGCCGAGAUGGAGAUGCAUUCUAGCGCACGCUAAUCCUGGCAGCUACAGUGGCAACUACGGGCCACCUUUGAGGCUUUUUCUAUAAUUCAAAAAAAAGUGGACCUAUUCUAGACAUCCCUCAACUCAAAAGUAUCAGUAUGCACCACAAUACAAGGGAGGUAGUAAUGCGUAGUAAGAAUGCAUAUUUCAACAUUCAAGGGAGGUAGUAAAAACAAUGCACAUUGUUCUCAAGGGAGCAGGUAAUGAAAAUGCAUACUCAAAGCACAAGGGAGGUAGUAAAAAUGCACAUUGAUGUAAGUAGUUCCCAAGGAAGGUAGUAGUUGUGAUGCAUAUGGUUCUUGCGGGAUGAGCCCUAGCUACUUCGUUGUGAUGCAUAUUCUUACGUAGUACAGGGAUCUACUUGCCCUUGCGGGAUGAUCCCUAGCUGAGGGAUGCAUUGGGGAAAGCUCUAAUACCUAGCGGAUUUUGGUGGGAUCAGUUGUGUGCAGUUCCGGAAGGCCAGGUAGACCCAAAUCCGAUAUUUAACGCCUCCAACGAGACCCAGAAUGAGAUGAUCGUGGAUUAUGGUCCCCAGAAUAUCACUUUAUCAUGAUCACAACUAUCAUUUGGUGUGUCAAGGGGAUUUAGGCAUUUAUUAGGUUAAGGAAGCGGAGGAAUCCACUCAGAAAUGUCAAUCUUCAAACUCCAGACCUGGCUUUAAUUUGCGCAUUUUCUGAAUGUGAGCAUGCAGCAAGCAGAAGAUUAAGGGUUGGAACUUGACCUCUCUACGAUCAUACGUGUUAUACCUUUUCAAGUUGACAGGUAAUGAAAAUAUGCGAGCUAGAUCGGUCAACUUUCAACCCCUAAGAAGAGACACGUGUUACGGCUCAACACAACAAUUCACCUUAAGAAGCAUCUUCUUUGUUCCCCUUGUGCAGCAAAUGCUUAAGGGAAGGAGAACACGGCAAAGAUGCACUUUGGCCCCCUUUUUAAGGGGAGAACGCGCUAAAGAUGCACUUUCUUAAUAAACUUAAAGAAUCUAGAUGAAGAUAGAAUAUAAGUGAGGUCCAGGUCUAAGCGGGGAUUGGACGGCGAGACCCAUAUAUUGAUGACAUGGGGAUCGGAUUUUUGGUAUUCGAAUGCCACCCGCAUCUUCGUCAACACGGAAGAACUCAUGCGAAGGAUCAAUGCGAAGAUGGGCACCGCCGAUGAAGUAGAUGGGCACUUGAAUAAGGUGGACCAGAGCGAUAAUUUCGACAACCACAAGGACCACCAGAGCCAUUUCGACAAAGUCAGCAUCUUCUACUCGACAAUGGAAAACUAUGUGAGCGCCAAGGCAGGCCAAGCAAAACUGGUACUGGAGAGAGAGCAGAAGCGGACUGUUCUUGAGGAUGACCGCAGCACUUUGCCUGCCCCGAGACAACACCAUCUUAGACGCGCAACGACGUUACUCGGACUCGGUAGUACUAUGUCUAGUACUACAGGUCGUACUGGUUCUCCGACAGCAACAACUUCAUCACAGCUCUUUCCGUACAAGCAAACUGGUACUGAUUUCUUUCCGUAUGCGGAUCGAGCGCAUGGAUUUUGGACGGGCUAUUUUACCUCUAGGCCUACCUUCAAACGGAUGGUCCGGCAAUUCAGCAAUCUGUUUCAGGCUUUUAAUUAUGGCACAUCAUGACCUAUUAAAAUUCAAAUUAUCUCAAAGAUGAAGAUGUAUGCUCCUCAACAGUAGUUGUUGGCUUUGUCGUGACACCAGUCCAAGAUCCUGAUAAAUUGGAGGUGCUACUUACUUCUUUCGGACGCUGCAGGAGCUCUCUUUCACGACAUCAUAGCUGGAUGAAUGCGGACAAUGUAACAGUUAGUGAUUGUGCUUGUGGAGUACAACCCGUUGUCGCAGUUCUCACACACGUCGACGUCCUGCAGUUUCUCCACCUCUAAUCAGCAACUUGGAGUGCCCUAUCUGGAGUCCCGAAUCCGAAAUUACUGAAUUUCGCAGAUGCUUUAGGAAUUUGCCAGCACCAUGACGCUAUGCCUGGCACGGAGAAGCAACACGUCACCUUCGACUAUCAAAAACGACUUCAUGCGGGCUACGAGAGUGCUGCUAACAUCGCGUUUGGAAAGGAAACGUGGAGAGAACUGAUUGCUUUGGAUCACGUUGACGAGAUGUUUGAGGCCAAUUUAGACGUAGCUGCACAAGGCAAUAACACUGAGGACUUCCUUCAGAACUGUCUUUUUCGCAACGAGUCCAAAUGUGACGCGACGUCGCGGUUGGUGUCAAUGUCAGCAACAGAAACAGAGAAAACGGAGAAGGAAAAGCAAGAAAAGCAAAACCAGACUUCGUCAUCAUCGUCUUCUUCCUCUUCUUCUUCUUCUUCUUCAUCUUCUAGAGUAUCUUUCCUCGUCUGGAACCCUCUGCCACGUACCAGAUGGACAAGAAUCGAAAUUCCGGUUCCUGUAGGAGAUGGAGUGGAUGUCUCGUGUCAUCCAACUACGCGUAACAAGGAGAAGGUGAAGCCUACGCACACGGCGUCCCUGACAUCAAAGGAGGAAUCAAAACGACGUCAGGACGGUGCAAGAUCGGAGGACCCUAGUGCAAGUACAACUAGUAAGUCUCUCAAAAAGAGUAAACCGAUGAAGAAGAACAUUGACUGGCCACAAGAUGUUGUUCCCAUAUUUGGCUUUGCACCUGGAAACUACAAGGAGUGGUCAUCGGAGACGCAAAUGCCUUACAUGCUGAACUUCGAAGUGCAAUUGCCUGGCUUGGGGUAUAGGGUUUGCGUCUUGGAGGCGUCCAAGAGUACGACAAGAAUAGAGGCAGAGGGAUCUGGUGGUAGUUUGAAGAAUAAGACAAGAAUAGAGGCAGAGGGAUCUGGUCGUGGUAGUCUGAAGAGUAAUAGUACCGCUUUUGUUCGUACUCUGAAGAACGAGGAUGUUGACGACCAUCAAGAUGUCUCACCCGAUGAGCACCUCCUAAGUGCUAUAAGUCGUAGACCAAGUACUAGAGCUCUAGUAGAGCAACAAAAACUAGUACAGCAACUAUCUUCACAACAACAUCCUCGUCCAGCAGUUUCAAGCUCAACAACCAGGCCAACAAUACAACAACCUCCGACUUCGUCCUCCAUGACACUCGAGAACCAUUUCCUUCGCGUAUCCUUCGAUCCAGAUAGUGGCGAGAUCGAUUCGAUCUUCAACAAGGAAACUAAGCAGACGAUAAAAGCAAGACAACGGUGGAAAGCGUACUACGGAAUUGGCAACAACGACGAACAGAACACUGGCGCAUACAUCUUUCGUCCGCGGAAUGAUACGAAAGUGCCUUACAAAAUACUGAAGACGAAGUCUGUAUGGCGAUGAUUGGCAGGACGAGAUGCUCUUUUGUUUUCCCCACAACGUAGACACCAUCGCCCCACUCACUGUCAUCAUGAUGCUGAUGUUUGUUCUGUAACGUAUCUACUAUAAGUAACUAGAACUAGAUAUAGUCAUCUGUAUGUAUAAUAUUUCAUCUUCACCAUUAUACAACCUAUACGUUAAUCUCUCUUUAGGGUCAUCUCAUCAUACGUUAAUCUCAUCGAUCAGGAAUAUUUAUACGUUCUCGUCCUCAACGUUCUUGUUACCCGCUGCUCUCAUACCCUGUCACUUUCUGGGAAGGCCUCGAAGUGAGGCAAAUCUAUGAGGGAGACUACAUCAGGCAACGCGUUAGGCUUGUAAGGGACCAUUUGGAGAUUCAGCAUACGACAGGUCCGAUACCUGAUGGACUUGAAAUUUCGACGGAGUGGGUUACGGAUUUAAUAGAAAAGGAGGAUAGACGAGAAGAUGGCAUGAACUCCACAAAGAUGACAAAGAAAAACGUCUUCUACACAGACAGCAAUGGGAGACAGAUGAUGCGGCGCGAGACCGACGGAGGUCGGGAUUGGCCGCAUUUUGUCCAGACCGAACCUAUUGCGGGGAAUUACUAUCCUGUAGUAGCUGCGAUUGAGAUUCGUGGAAACAAAUUUGUACAGGAUGAAGAGGACAGAGGAAAAAGUACUUCUUCUACAGGGACGACUCCCUCGAAAAAUCCUAAGGACGUACAAGUACAACAUUCCUUCACAGUGCUGACCGACGCAGCUCAGGGUGGGACUAGUCUCUAUCCUGGUCACCUAUUAAGGCUUACAUUAUUAACUCAUCUUUAACGGCAUCUUGAACGUGCUCUUGAGGGGCAAACACCACAAAGAUGCAUUCGGAGAUGCAUUCGGAGAUGCAUUCGGAGAUGCAUUCAGAGAAUAGUAAGCUCUAAAUUUGGAGCUAAUGGUCAACCGAGAUUGCCUUUUCGACGACGCGCGUGGAGCGGGAGAGCCCUUGAACGAAACGCAGUAUGUCACCAGUUACGACCCUAAAGAGGUGCCAAAACCCGAGGAUCGCGGCGUACACUACGGACCGAAACUGUUAGCGACGGGACAACACUGGGUUUGGUUCGGUGCAAUACAAGUAGAGGAAGAACAACAUCAUGAAGAAAAUACCAUACUUAAGGCUUCCCUCAAUCCAUCUUCGGAAUGAAGCAUCAUCUUGGGGCACUCUCUAAGGGAAAAAGAGACCCAAGAUGAAGACACUGAAGAAAAUGGAUUCCCGGAAGGUCUAAAACGCAACCAGAACAAGGACGACAUGAAGUAGAGCGUGCCAUAUUACGAGCAGGACAUCAACAUGAAGCAGAACCAUGGAGACGAUUGCAAGAUGAGUUGUAUGGAUCGCCGAUUGUGUUGUUUCCGGCUGGAGAUAGUGGUGGUGAUGUGAACAAGCUGGCGGGAGAAGGGCCGAUGCAUAGCUUGAAGGAUGCGUCAAGAUCAAGAGUAAAAGCAUCGGCCGCAUCUUCCACAGAAAUAACACGUCGGAAAGAACUACCAACACCAGAAGAUUUAGAAUGGCCUCCGUCUCUUCAGCUUCUAUCGUUCGAGCCCUUCAGUUACCUCGACCUAGUGUUGAAGAAUUCGAGUCAAUUAGCGGAAAGGACAAAGGCGCUUUUUCUUGAUGAUCUUCAAGAUCGUCAUGAUCUUCAAGAUCGUCAUGAUCAUCAAGAUCUUCUUUUCUCUCCUUGGUCAACAUCUUCUAUGAUCUCAUCUGAACCUCAACAACGAGCUGGCGCAGACAAUGAGCAUACCUCCUCCUCUCGGACCACUACUUUCCUUCUCCGCAUUGCUCACAAUGGUCUCACUUCAGAUGACGUUGAGGUCGACCUAGCGGCUUUCUUUCAACGUACCACUGGUGUCAUGUUGAAUAGAAGGAAUUCGAACACCAAGUCAGACAUGAAGAUCAAAAACGUUCACGAACUGUCCAUUAGCGCGAAUCAACUUCGCGCUUCGAUGCCAGCAUGGCUGGGGAGGAAGCCAGAAAGGUUGCCGAUCAGAGGAGACUGGAAGACGACGCUGAGACGGUGGGAGCUGAGAACCUUUGCAGUUGAAAUAGGAGAGGGGGGUGGUGUUGAAAUGAAAGGCGACCAAGGUUCAGGUGGUGGUGGUGGCAUUGGUGGUGGUGGUGGUGGUGGCAUUGAUGACGGUGGUGGUAGUGGUCAUGGUGGUGGUGGUAGUCGCAGUGGUGGCACAGGUCGAGUAGAUCAAGUUGGGAAGAAGAAGUUGGAUCAGGUCGUGGGUGAGCAAAUUUUGUGGGCAUGAUCGUAUGCUGUAGAAGUGAGUAGAAAGGCUUUGUGUUCGAUUUUUGUUCCGUUUUUGACAAGAAAUACACUAAUAGUGGCUGCACUUAUACACCAAUCUUGUUUUGCUAAUUUGCUACUUUGGCAUCGAGGAAUGCAUCUUCUGUGUAAAAAGAUGAACAGAAACUACAGCAAGAGCUAUGGCUGCACACAAGGAGGUUAUCUUUUAUGUGACAAAAAAAGUACUGAAACCCGACAUCGUGCACAGAAAACUUUGACCACAGCAAGACAAAUACUGCUGGUACAUCAUGCUCACGUCCUUCAAGGAUACAGGAGUUCGACUAGAAGCCUCUACUUUUUGCGAAAAACAUAAUCGAAAAUGUAAAUUAUGCAGAAAAGCUGGUGGUGGAAAGAAGAAAGAAAAAGUGGAAAGCUAAACUUGUUGAUACUCGCUUCGCGAUUAUGCAGAACAAGGAAGAUAAAAAGUUUACACUUUUUAUUGCUGAGGCACAUCGACUUGUGGAUCGGACACGGUGUCGUUGUGAAAAAUUGGUGUGCCGUUGUGAAACAUUGGGAUUGGUGUGUUAUUUUUGUAUUUCAAAUGGAAGCAUCAGCAC